AUGGAAACCAUCCUCGCACCGCUGGACCUGCAACUCGACAUGUGGAAACAGCCACCGUCGCCUGCGACUGAAGCCAGCCACAACCUUGUGCGUCUACCGAGUCUGUUCGCUGCCACAGCCUCCACGGCCAACUCGGAGUGGUCACCGCGUCUCGUUGGAAUGAGCGACGUGCUCAGCUCGCAGGUGUCUCCUCUCAAGGAGAAGAACCUUGCGCGUCUGCCGUCCAUUGGCGUCAUGAUCAACCGCGAUGCCAGCCCCGAGAGUCUCAGUCCUGUGCAGAAGCACUGCAUGGACCUCUACAAGCAGCUCCAGGACACCAAGACAGCGUCACCUCGCCAACCCGAGCUGGAGCUCAACAGUUUGUUGGCUGAUGCCGCUGUCAGCCAACUGAACGAACAACAAGCCCGCAAGAGCCUGCCUUCUAAGCGCACUAGCAACGCGAAGCUGUGUGGCAUGGCUAGCUGCAACAAACGCGCCAAGGCUGGAGGCUUUUGCAUCGCCCAUGGUGGCGGCCUUCGUUGCUCCGAGGCGGGCUGCACUAAACAUGCAGUGAGCCUCGGACUGUGCAUCAGUCACGGAGGAGGCAAGCGCUGCACCGUCGAGGGAUGCCUCAACGCGUCUCGCAAGAAUGGCGUGUGCUGGAGCCAUGGUGGCAAGCGUCUGUGCAAGCUCGAGGGCUGCAACAAAGGCCCCAAGUCCGGCGGCUACUGCUGGAGCCACGGUGGCAAGAUGAAGAAGUAA